AAGUAAGAGUUCGACUUCUGCGUGCACUUAAAGGGGUACUCAUCCAAUUCGUUAAAUGAAUGCACAUAUUAUGCGUGAUGUCCUCGCGCUUACAUUCUGCCCUUAAUUUCCCGUUCGUGCGCGACUUGAAAUGCCCAAGAUGCCACCGACUCUACAUGAACAGACGGCCGCAAUUCUCGAGAAUCUUCGAGCUCAGCCUUCGUGACGGAACAGUCCGUUCCAAAACGAUCACAAAGGCGCGUGCCAAGCGCUCCUGCGCGCGCCGGCUUCGCAACAGACCACCCAGACACUUUCAGCAUCAUCAGCUGUGCGCGCGGUAGGCGGACCCCGAGCACUCUCCACAUCCCACUUUGGAGAAGAUUACUAGAAUAAUUUACCGGGGAAACACAUGUCAGUGAGGCUACGGGGAGGGAAGGCGCUCGGACGUGUCGCUGGACAGAAGAGACGAGACACGAAGGUCGAGACACAGCCGAGCUGCGAGGCGAGAGCUGCGUGGAGAUAUUUAGAUUUGGACGAGGGCACCGUUACUUCCCUGAUCCCCGGAGGAAAAUCAAACAUCACCUUCAAAACAUCACCUUCAAAGCACUUACCACAUUCAGGCAUUUACACAUUUCAAAGGACAGAAUAUAAGUUACCUGAGGAGACAUGAGUGAGGAUAAACCAGCUGAGACUGUGGAAAAUUCCUCAGCGGAGGUGAACGCUAUUCCUAAUGGGAAGGGCCAUGAACCUGGAGAGGAGAUCACGGCAUCUGCAAAAACACCUCCCGCAGAAGACAGUGAAAAUACUUGUAGAGAGACUCUAGCUAAUAGCACCCAGAAUGCUGGUCCUCACAGAACUGAAAACACAGAAGCCAGCCUCCCAGAGAACCAGGAGUUCUUAUCAGCCGCGGAGGACAAGAAAACACCACGCUUCACGGAUUUUGAAGGGAAAACCUCCUUUGGGAUGUCCGUUUUCAACCUGGGCAAUGCAAUCAUGGGAAGUGGAAUUUUAGGACUUGCAUACGCCAUGGCCAACACAGGGGUCGUCCUGUUUCUGUUACUACUCACCGUGGUUGCAGUUCUGUCAUCAUAUUCCAUCCAUUUACUGCUAAAGUCUUCCGGUAUUGUAGGUAUUCGUGCAUAUGAGCAGCUUGGCUACAGGGCCUUUGGGACCCCAGGAAAGAUGGCUGCAGGUAUUGCCAUAACGCUCCAAAACAUUGGAGCAAUGUCCAGUUAUCUUUACAUAGUCAAGUAUGAGUUCCCUUUGGUCAUCCAGGCAUUUUUGAAGGUAGACAAACCUGCAGGUGAAUGGUACCUGGAUGGAAACUAUCUGGUCAUUAUUGUCUCUGUGGCAGUGAUAUUACCGCUGGCUCUGAUGAAACAACUGGGAUAUCUGGGAUACACCAGUGGAUUCUCGCUGAGCUGCAUGGUUUUCUUCCUAAUUUCUGUGAUUUAUAAGAAGUUCAAUCUCCCUUGUCCAUUCGUGGACUUUGCUCUUAACAGCACUGGCGGCGUGAUGAAUGUCACUGCCACCGACUCUGGUGGGGGGGACAAUCUGGCCUGCAUUCCCAAGAUGGCCAACCUCAAUACACAAACGGCCUACACCAUUCCAAUCCUGGCGUUCGCCUUUGUGUGCCACCCUGAGGUCCUUCCCAUCUACACAGAGCUGCGCAAUCCCACCAAGAAAAAGAUGCAGCAUGUGUCCAAUAUCUCCAUUGCAGUUAUGUACGUCAUGUACUUCCUGGCUGCUCUGUUUGGAUACCUAACUUUCUAUGAUGAAGUGGAAGCAGAGCUGCUUCACACCUACAGCCGCGUUGACCCCUAUGACACUUUAAUCCUGUGCGUUCGUGUGGCUGUACUCACUGCUGUCACACUUACUGUACCAAUCGUGCUUUUUCCUGUAAGGAGAGCGAUCCAGCAGAUGAUAUUCCCCAAUAAAACCUUCUACUGGCCUCGUCACAUUGCGAUUGCCAUCACUUUGCUCAUGUUCAUCAACCUGCUGGUCAUCUUUGCCCCAAAUAUCCUGGGCAUCUUUGGGGUUAUUGGUGCCACGUCUGCUCCCUGUCUCAUCUUCAUUUUCCCUGCUGUCUUCUAUAUUCGCAUUGUACCCAAAGAAGAGGAGCCUCUGCGCUCAGUUCCAAAAAUCCUGGCCGCAUGUUUCGCUGGGAUCGGUUUCCUAUUCAUGAUAAUGAGUCUCAGCUUUAUCAUCAUUGACUGGACAUCGGGCAGCAGUAAAGCCAGCAGUGGUCAUUAGAUACCUGCUGCUGCAUUGUUUUUUUCAGCUUUUAUAUCGUUGAUUUGAAUUUGUGUUGGUAAUGUUAGUAUUUUGAUGUCAAAUCACUGAUGUUUGAAGAUGCCCUUCCUUUUCUGUAGAGAAAAUCCUCCACAAAGAUGACCGUUUAGUGGGGGGGAGGGUUAACUCAACUCUCUCCUCUUUAAACGCUUUGCUUCUGAUGGGGAUAAAUUAUAAUGUACAUCCUACCAAUUAGUAAUGGUGGAUCCAGGCCAGUGAAAGUGCUUGGAAAGCUAACAGUUAAGUUGCUGAAGUGCCAGAUGUGUUGUGAUUGACGGUGACACUUGGAGUUUUGUGAAGAGAAAGUGAAAAAGCAAAGAUAAGGCGAGCCCCUGUCCCCUGAGAGGAUCUUUAAUAUGAAAACUAAAAAUCAUACAGAUAGUUUGAUCUGCCUCCUGUUUACCAGGUAAUGUAAAAUGAUUUAUAUAUAUAUUGUUUUUGAAUUUCUGUACUUAUAAUUAAUUAUGCAAUCAUAUUUUUUCACAGCUGUUGCACUUUAAAAGUGCAAAAGACAAAAUUUUGGGCUCUACUUUUGCUUAUGACAUGAGAGAACUGUAAACACUCAUUACUGAGAAUAAACGUGGCCAAUUAGCUCAGCUGACAAAGUUCAGACAUGCAGCUGUUUCUUUAAGGUUUGCCACCUAAACAUUAUGCUCUUCUAACUCCUGCUGCUGCUCUUUAUUUUAUAUCUUGAGGUUUUCAGCAUUCUCUCAACACUUCCUGUGGACCAGGGUGUUAUACUACAAAGUGUAAAGCACAGCUACAUCUGUCCCAUAAGAUAUAGCCUAAAAAUGUAUUUUGUAUUUUUACUAGAUAAAGAAGCUAAGAGUGAUUAGCUGGUUCUGGAUAUCUUGGCAGGCACAUUUUAAAUUCUAUCAACAUAGCACAAUAUAUGCAAGAAUGCCUCAAUUGUGCAGGUAUUCCUUAUUUUCAGUAUUACCUUGUAAAAGGACGGGUUGAAAUGGUACGGACAACCUCGUCUGUUGGAUUUCUUAGAUCUACAAGAUGACUGCAGUGAUGAGAAGACUGCUGAUGAUCAGCAAGGACUGGGAAGGUGCUCUUGGAAGAUUUAAUGACCUGUUUUCAAUCAUUUAAUAGUUGUAAUAAGAAAUGACCAAAACAUACAGCGCCUUGCAAUAUUAUUCAUGCCCCCUGGGUUUUUUUUUUCACAUUUUUGUCAUGUGCCAACCAUAAACGCCAGUAUAUUCAAUCAAAGUUUUAUGUGAUGUACCAAUACACUUUAAUCACAUAACUGUGAAGUGGAAAUGUGAGUAUUCAUGGUUUUCAAAAUAUUUACCACAAAAAAUUUAAAAAGUGUCACAUGCCUUUGUAUUCAGGCCUUCUGAGUCAAUAUUUUGUAGCACCCCCCUUUCACUGCAUUACAGCUGGAAGUAUUUUGGGGCAUGUCUCUACUAGCUUUGCGUGUCUAGAUUCUGACAUUUUUGACUAUUUUUUCCAAAACAAUUCAAGCUUGGUCAAAUUGGGUGAAGAGCAACUAUGAAGAGCAAUUUUCAGCUCUUGUCACAUUUUCUCAAUUCAGUUUGGGUCUGCACUUUGACUGGACCAUUUUAGCAAAUUAAUUUGCUUUGAUUUAAACAAUUCCACUGCGGCUCUGGCUGUAUGUGCAGUGUUGUUGGGAGGUCAAGCUCGGUCUCAAGUCUUUAGUAGCCUUUAUUGGGCUUUCCUCCAGGAUUGAAAGAAAAUCCUUUGGUUCCAUCCAUUACUUAACUCUCCGGUCCCUGCUGGCACUAUCAUGUUUCCGGGUGAGGAUGUUGUGUUCACGGCGAGGUGCAGUGUUAGUUUUCCUACACACUAAGUUUAGCGUGUAGGACAUAAAUUCAGUUUGGUCUCAUCUGACCGGAGCACCUUGUUCCAUAUGUUUGCUGUGCCCCCUACAUGGCUUGUGCCAAAUUGCAAAGAGGGCUACUUAUGGCUUCCUCUUAACAAAGGUUCUCUUUUUUCCACUCUUCCAUAAAGGCCAGGUGCAAGACUAAUAGUUGUCCAGGUCUUCCACCUGAGCUGUGCAUGUCUGUAGCUGCUUCAGUUACUAUGGUGUCUUGGCUUCUUCUCUGAUGAAUGCUCUCAUUCCCCACCCUGUUAGUUUAGGUGGAUGGUCAUGUCUUGGUCGGUUAGCAGCUGAGCCAUACUGUUUCUGUUUUCAGAUGAUGGAUUGAACAGUGCUCUGUGAGAUGUUCAUUGUUGGAGAUGUUGUUUCAUAACCUAACCCUGCUUUGAACUUCUUCACAACUCUCUCCCUGACCUUCCUGCUGUGCUCCUCAGACUUUUUUACACUGAUUUUUCCCUAGUUUUCUCUGACCAAACGUUCACUGAUAAAGACAUUUGGUUGCACAGGAUUCAAUUUAGGGGCAUCAGAGUAACUGAAUACAAAAGGAGGCCAUGCUUUUGGAUUGUCAUGCGGAUUUUCAUUUGUCAAAGCAACCUUUCUACUUAAAUUUUCUCCAUUUUGUGUUGGUCUAUCACAUAAAAUCCCUCUGAGAUUCGCUUAAAUUUGUUGUUACCUAAAAAGAGUAAAAACAAAACUCAAGGGGUAUGAAUAUGUUUUUGCACAAGUACUGCACAAAAGAAACCCCACAAACAACAGGGUCACUAAUUGAGGAGAUUACUGUCAAUGACUAAAAUAUUAGCACAAGCUUUAUAUGAUGUCUGUUAUUUAGCAGCCUGUUAGCAAAAGCACUUUUACUUCAAAAGGCUCAACUAUGUAGUUCAGUUAAUGAGAUGAAAUGCAAACAAAUAUAUUUGACAUAUGUGACUUAAGGGUAUGCUCAUUUUGUUUGACUAAAUCUUUGAUUCUUCUGCCUAAUCUUGUGGGUUAGUAACGUAUUAAUAGUUGUCAAAUAUCACCCGCAAUAACUCUAUCAAAGUUACCAUUCCUUAGAGGUGAUCAUGAAUAUACUCCCUUAUGUCAUGUGCUCCCUGAAUAUGAUGAAUAAUUUAUUGGAUGUACUGUUGGAGGUUUUUGAGUGUCUGUGUUGUUUGAAGAGAAAACAUGGCUCCAAUGUAAGUGAACCAUACUACCUUCAUGCAUUUGUGUCAUUUAACUCCCACCUACAGUAUACUCCGAUCAAAAUUAUGUGAUAACUCUAGUGUUUGUCGUCUGCCUUGGGUGAACUGUUGUUUUAAACGUCAUGUUUUAUCUGGAUAUUUCGGGUAAGUCUGAGUCAGUAAUAAAAUGCAAGAUGAUUGUUUUUCUCACAUUAGAUUUUUUUUCUAUAUAGUGAGUGGUUUAUCAUCAUCUGUCUGUCUUCCUCGCUGCUUCUUGGCAGACUCAAACCUACUAACUUUGAGCUGUUAGUAAGCUGUUGGGCUUGCCUAAACCUCAUUACUUUUUUAAUGACAAAAUAUCUUACACCAGACUACUAAAAGUGCUGUAUGAAUAUAUUAAUAUUGUGCUGUCUGUCUUUUGUUACACAGCAAACUUCUUUUAAUCCCCGCGUUUUUAUUAUCAUAUAUAUGUUUGGUUCUUUUUAUGUUUGUGUGCAGAGAAAUCAUCUGAAUCAGCUGCUGUAGCAUAACUCAGUGUUUGAUGUUCAGGUAAUUUAUGCUUUUAUUUAUCCCAUUCCUUGUUUUAAUCUACUGAAGCAUAAGUAGGCCAUUUGAUUUAAAAAUAAUAGUAAUAUUGCACAAAGAUAUGUAUUCACAACAUGCAAAAAAACAGAAAAAACAGAUGAGUAAAAACUAAUAAAUAAAGCAAGAACAGCUGAGGAUACAAAAUGAUCUCUGAGGAAACCUCAUUGUUGUUUAGCCUCUCUGAUGGUGUGAUUUCCUAAUAUGCAUUUGAUUGAACAGCAUAACAUAUUAAAUAAAUAAUGGCAUCAGCCAGCAUUUAUAAAUAAUGUAUAUAAAUGUAUACCCUUUACAUUCUAUAUUCAUAUCUAGUUUGUAUAAUGUAAAUAGCAAUUAAAGAUUUAGUCAGAUUAAACAAGUUAAUGUAAUCAUUUUCAAAGUGCUUUUAAACCUUGUUGUCCUUCAAUUUAUGUCUAUUUUCUUGUAUCCCUAUAUUUUAAUAUGUUGCUGGCAGUUAUUGUACUGUAAAUGACGUUGCAAUAAAGAUUAUGGGGUAACAUGA